AUGAAGCAACGCUACGACGACUUCAUGAGUGAAUACGAGGACUUAGGUCAUAUGACUCAAAUCAACGACGAUCAAAUCAAUUAUCAGAUCGCCUAUUACUUACCUCACCAUGCAGUGAUCCGAGAAGAAAGCACAACAACCAAGCUGCAGGUUGUGUUCGACGGUUCAAGCAAGACAAGUACGGGAUUGUCGGCCAAUGAUAUUUUGUUACUUGUUCCUACGAUUCAACAAGACUUGUUUUCGAUCGUUUUGCGAUUUCGGCAACACAGAUACGUUCUAACAGGGGAAAUAUCAAAGAUGUAUCGUCAAAUCAACAUUCAAGAAGAUCAAAGAGACCUACAAAGAAUUCUAUGGCGGCCAACUCCUAAACAACCUGCGUUAACUUAUUCUCUCAAUACAGUUACAUAUGGGAUGGCCUCGUCACCAUUCCUUGCCAUAAGAUGUCUACUGCAGCUAGCCAUCGAGAACAAAUUCAAGAAUCCAACAAUCUCUAGGGUCAUCGAACAAGAUUUUUACGUUGACGAUUUGUUGACGUGUGCAAGCAGCAUGCAAGAACUAAAGGAAAUCAAAGAAAACGUCACCAACGUUUUCCAAUCAGGAGGUUUCAAUCUAUGUAGAUGGAUCACAAACGAACCAUCUAUUUUGAAUGAUCAUCAAGAAGCACAGCCUGCCCUUGACCUUGGAGAGGAAGUAAAAGCUCUCGGUCUAACUUGGGAAUCAAAUGAAGAUAAUCUGCGGUACAAAGUAAUACCUACAGAAACUCAAAAAUCAUCAAAAAGAAGCAUUUUAUCCACAAUAUCACAAAUCUUUGACCCACUCGGUAUGGUGGGUCCAUGUACAAUUCAAGCAAAAAUCAUUUUGCAAAAAUUAUGGCAAAUAAACUGCGGAUGGGAUGAAUCUUUGCCAAAUGACAUUCACACGAGUUGUUUAAAAUGUCAAGACCAGGUUAAAAAAAUCAUUCACAUUGAAAUACCUAAACAGGUAGUGUGCAGCGAACCAGUUCCGAUAGAGCUUCAUGGAUUUUGUGAUGCAUCAGAGUUAGCGUAUGGUGCUUGCAUAUAUUUGAAAUCCACAAAUCCUAAGGGCGAUCAUACUAUUCGUUUACUAUGCGCCAAAUCAAAGGUAGCUCCGCUAAAAAAGGUGACUUUGCCACGUUUGGAACUCUGCAGUGCAUUAUUAUUAGCAAAUAUGUCAAACAAGGUAGUCAAUGUACUAACAUUGAACAUCAAAAAGUGUUACCAAUGA